AUGUAUGGUUCAUCUUCACAAUUUCUCACAUCCCUCCCAUGCCACUUCCUUCCUUCCCUCCCAUGCCACUUCCUUCCCUUCCCUCCCAUGCCACUUCCUUCCCUUCCCUCCCAUGCCACUUCCUUCCCUUCCCUCCCAUGCCACUUCCUUCCCUUCCCUCCCAUGCCACUUCCUUCCCUUCCCUCCCAUGCCACUUCCUUCCCUUCCCUCCCAUGCCACUUCCUUCCCUUCCCUCCCAUGCCACUUCCUUCCCUUCCCUCCCAUGCCACUUCCUUCCCUUCCCUCCCAUGCCACUUCCUUCCCUUCCCUCCCAUGCCACUUCCUUCCCUUCCCUCCCAUGCCACUUCCUUCCCUUCCCUCCCAUGCCACUUCCUUCCCUUCCCUCCCAUGCCACUUCCUUCCCUUCCCUCCCAUGCCACUUCCUUCCCUUCCCUCCCAUGCCACUUCCUUCCCUUCCCUCCCAUGCCACUUCCUUCCCUUCCCUCCCAUGCCACUUCCUUCCCUUCCCUCCCAUGCCACUUCCUUCCCUUCCCUCCCAUGCCACUUCCUUCCCUUCCCUUCCACAUGCCACUUCCUCCCUUCCCUCCCAUGCCACUUCCUUCCCUUCCCUCCCAUGCCACUUCCUUCCCUUCCCUCCCAUGCCACUUCCUUCCCUUCCCUCCCAUGCCACUUCCUUCCCUUCCCUCCCAUGCCACUUCCUUCCCUUCCCUCCCAUGCCACUUCCUUCCCUUCCCUCCCAUGCCACUUCCUUCCCUUCCCUCCCAUGCCACUUCCUUCCCUUCCCUCCCAUGCCACUUCCUUCCCUUCCCUCCCAUGCCACUUCCUUCCCUUCCCUCCCCAUGCCAUCCUUCCCUCCCUCCCCCCCCCCCUCCCAUGCCACUUCCUUCCCUUCCCUCCCAUGCCACUUCCUUCCCUUCCCUCCCAUGCCACUUCCUUCCCUUCCCUCCCAUGCCACUUCCUUCCCUUCCCUCCCAUGCCACUUCCUUCCCUCCCAUGCCACUUCCCUUUCCUUCCCCCUCCCAUGCCACUUCCUUCCCUUCCCUCCCAUGCCACUUCCUUCCCUUCCCUCCCAUGCCACUUCCUUCCCUUCCCUCCCAUGCCACUUCCUUCCCUUCCCUCCCAUGCCACUUCCUUCCCUUCCCUCCCAUGCCACUUCCUUCCCUUCCCUCCCAUGCCACUUCCUUCCCUUCCCUCCCAUGCCACUUCCUUCCCUUCCCUCCCAUGCCACUUCCUUCCCUUCCCUCCCAUGCCACUUCCUUCCCUUCCCUCCCAUGCCACUUCCUUCCCUUCCCUCCCAUGCCACUUCCUUCCCUUCCCUCCCAUGCCACUUCCUUCCCUUCCCUCCCAUGCCACUUCCUUCCCUUCCCUCCCAUGCCACUUCCUUCCCUUCCCUCCCAUGCCACUUCCUUCCCUUCCCUCCCAUGCCACUUCCUUCCCUUCCCUCCCAUGCCACUUCCUUCCCUUCCCUCCCAUGCCACUUCCUUCCCUUCCCUCCCAUGCCACUUCCUUCCCUUCCCUCCCAUGCCACUUCCUUCCCUUCCCUCCCAUGCCACUUCCUUCCCUUCCCUCCCAUGCCACUUCCUUCCCUUCCCUCCCAUGCCACUUCCUUCCCUUCCCUCCCAUGCCACUUCCUUCCCUUCCCUCCCAUGCCACUUCCUUCCCUUCCCUCCCAUGCCACUUCCUUCCCUUCCCUCCCAUGCCACUUCCUUCCCUUCCCUCCCAUGCCACUUCCUUCCCUUCCCUCCCAUGCCACUUCCUUCCCUUCCCUCCCAUGCCACUUCCUUCCCUUCCCUCCCAUGCCACUUCCUUCCCUUCCCUCCCAUGCCACUUCCUUCCCUUCCCUCCCAUGCCACUUCCUUCCCUUCCCUCCCAUGCCACUUCCUUCCCUUCCCUCCCAUGCCACUUCCUUCCCUUCCCUCCCAUGCCACUUCCUUCCCUUCCCUCCCAUGCCACUUCCUUCCCUUCCCUCCCAUGCCACUUCCUUCCCUUCCCUCCCAUGCCACUUCCUUCCCUUCCCUCCCAUGCCACUUCCUUCCCUUCCCUCCCAUGCCACUUCCUUCCCUUCCCUCCCAUGCCACUUCCUUCCCUUCCCUCCCAUGCCACUUCCUUCCCUUCCCUCCCAUGCCACUUCCUUCCCUUCCCUCCCAUGCCACUUCCUUCCCUUCCCUCCCAUGCCACUUCCUUCCCUUCCCUCCCAUGCCACUUCCUUCCCUUCCCUCCCAUGCCACUUCCUUCCCUUCCCUCCCAUGCCACUUCCUUCCCUUCCCUCCCAUGCCACUUCCUUCCCUUCCCUCCCAUGCCACUUCCUUCCCUUCCCUCCCAUGCCACUUCCUUCCCUUCCCUCCCAUGCCACUUCCUUCCCUUCCCUCCCAUGCCACUUCCUUCCCUUCCCUCCCAUGCCACUUCCUUCCCUUCCCUCCCAUGCCACUUCCUUCCCUUCCCUCCCAUGCCACUUCCUUCCCUUCCCUCCCAUGCCACUUCCUUCCCUUCCCUCCCAUGCCACUUCCUUCCCUUCCCUCCCAUGCCACUUCCUUCCCUUCCCUCCCAUGCCACUUCCUUCCCUUCCCUCCCAUGCCACUUCCUUCCCUUCCCUCCCAUGCCACUUCCUUCCCUUCCCUCCCAUGCCACUUCCUUCCCUUCCCUCCCAUGCCACUUCCUUCCCUUCCCUCCCAUGCCACUUCCUUCCCUUCCCUCCCAUGCCACUUCCUUCCCUUCCCUCCCAUGCCACUUCCUUCCCUUCCCUCCCAUGCCACUUCCUUCCCUUCCCUCCCAUGCCACUUCCUUCCCUUCCCUCCCAUGCCACUUCCUUCCCUUCCCUCCCAUGCCACUUCCUUCCCUUCCCUCCCAUGCCACUUCCUUCCCUUCCCUCCCAUGCCACUUCCUUCCCUUCCCUCCCAUGCCACUUCCUUCCCUUCCCUCCCAUGCCACUUCCUUCCCUUCCCUCCCAUGCCACUUCCUUCCCUUCCCUCCCAUGCCACUUCCUUCCCUUCCCUCCCAUGCCACUUCCUUCCCUUCCCUCCCAUGCCACUUCCUUCCCUUCCCUCCCAUGCCACUUCCUUCCCUUCCCUCCCAUGCCACUUCCUUCCCUUCCCUCCCAUGCCACUUCCUUCCCUUCCCUCCCAUGCCACUUCCUUCCCUUCCCUCCCAUGCCACUUCCUUCCCUUCCCUCCCAUGCCACUUCCUUCCCUUCCCUCCCAUGCCACUUCCUUCCCUUCCCUCCCAUGCCACUUCCUUCCCUUCCCUCCCAUGCCACUUCCUUCCCUUCCCUCCCAUGCCACUUCCUUCCCUUCCCUCCCAUGCCACUUCCUUCCCUUCCCUCCCAUGCCACUUCCUUCCCUUCCCUCCCAUGCCACUUCCUUCCCUUCCCUCCCAUGCCACUUCCUUCCCUUCCCUCCCAUGCCACUUCCUUCCCUUCCCUCCCAUGCCACUUCCUUCCCUUCCCUCCCAUGCCACUUCCUUCCCUUCCCUCCCAUGCCACUUCCUUCCCUUCCCUCCCAUGCCACUUCCUUCCCUUCCCUCCCAUGCCACUUCCUUCCCUUCCCUCCCAUGCCACUUCCUUCCCUUCCCUCCCAUGCCACUUCCUUCCCUUCCCUCCCAUGCCACUUCCUUCCCUUCCCUCCCAUGCCACUUCCUUCCCUUCCCUCCCAUGCCACUUCCUUCCCUUCCCUCCCAUGCCACUUCCUUCCCUUCCCUCCCAUGCCACUUCCUUCCCUUCCCUCCCAUGCCACUUCCUUCCCUUCCCUCCCAUGCCACUUCCUUCCCUUCCCUCCCAUGCCACUUCCUUCCCUUCCCUCCCAUGCCACUUCCUUCCCUUCCCUCCCAUGCCACUUCCUUCCCUUCCCUCCCAUGCCACUUCCUUCCCUUCCCUCCCAUGCCACUUCCUUCCCUUCCCUCCCAUGCCACUUCCUUCCCUUCCCUCCCAUGCCACUUCCUUCCCUUCCCUCCCAUGCCACUUCCUUCCCUUCCCUCCCAUGCCACUUCCUUCCCUUCCCUCCCAUGCCACUUCCUUCCCUUCCCUCCCAUGCCACUUCCUUCCCUUCCCUCCCAUGCCACUUCCUUCCCUUCCCUCCCAUGCCACUUCCUUCCCUUCCCUCCCAUGCCACUUCCUUCCCUUCCCUCCCAUGCCACUUCCUUCCCUUCCCUCCCAUGCCACUUCCUUCCCUUCCCUCCCAUGCCACUUCCUUCCCUUCCCUCCCAUGCCACUUCCUUCCCUUCCCUCCCAUGCCACUUCCUUCCCUUCCCUCCCAUGCCACUUCCUUCCCUUCCCUCCCAUGCCACUUCCUUCCCUUCCCUCCCAUGCCACUUCCUUCCCUUCCCUCCCAUGCCACUUCCUUCCCUUCCCUCCCAUGCCACUUCCUUCCCUUCCCUCCCAUGCCACUUCCUUCCCUUCCCUCCCAUGCCACUUCCUUCCCUUCCCUCCCAUGCCACUUCCUUCCCUUCCCUCCCAUGCCACUUCCUUCCCUUCCCUCCCAUGCCACUUCCUUCCCUUCCCUCCCAUGCCACUUCCUUCCCUUCCCUCCUUUCACUUCAUCUCUCGCUGCUACCCCUCGUCCUUCAAACAUUCCACCACCACCACAGCACUCCCCUCUGUCUCUCCCCUCACCCUCCGUCCUCCCUCUCGCAUUUGCCAUUAUCACAACAUCCCCCAUAUAA